CCGGAGGGAAACGCGUUCAGCCUCCCUGUGCCUCCACCCGCAGCUGCCGCCCCCAAGCCGCCCACCAGCUCCUUUCCCUCCGGCGAGAGCCUGAGCCAAGCCGGGUGGUCUGUGCCGGGCCGAGCCGCUGGCGCCGCGGGGAAGAUGGUCGUGGCGCUGCGGUACGUGUGGCCUCUCCUCCUCUGCAGCCCCUGUCUGUUCAUCCAGAUCCCGGAGGAAUAUGAAGGACACCACGUGCUGGAGCCGCCGGUCAUCACAGAACAGUCGCCACGACGCCUGGUUGUCUUCCCCACAGACGACAUCAGUCUCAAGUGCGAGGCCAGCGGCAAACCCCAAGUGCAGUUCCGCUGGACGAGGGACGGCAUCCACUUCAAGCCCGAGGAAGAACUGGGAGUGACUGUCUACCAGGCGCCUCACUCCGGCUCCUUCACCAUCACGGGCAACAACAGCAACUUCCCCCAGAGGUUCCAGGGCGUCUAUCGCUGUUUUGCCAGCAAUAAGCUGGGCACGGCCAUGUCCCACGAGAUCCAGCUCAUGGCCGAGGGGGCCCCCAAGUGGCCAAAGGAGAGGGUGAAACCUGUGGAGGUGGAGGAAGGGGAGUCGGUGGUGCUGCCUUGCAACCCCCCGCCCAGCGCGGAGCCGCUGCGGAUCUACUGGAUGAAUAGCAAGAUCCUGCACAUCAAGCAGGACGAGCGGGUGACCAUGGGCCAGAACGGCAACCUCUACUUUGCCAACGUGCUCACCUCGGACAACCACUCCGACUACAUCUGCAACGCCCACUUCCCGGGCACACGGACCAUCAUUCAGAAGGAGCCCAUCGACCUCCGGGUCAAGGCCACCAACAGCAUGAUUGACCGGAAGCCGCGCCUGCUCUUCCCCACCAACUCCAGCAGCCACCUGGUAGCCUUGCAGGGCCAGCCUUUGGUCCUGGAGUGCAUCGCCGAGGGCUUCCCCACACCCACCAUCAAGUGGCUGCGCCCCAGCGGCCCCAUGCCGGCUGACCGCGUGACCUACCAAAACCACAAUAAGACCCUGCAGCUGCUGAACGUGGGCGAGGAGGACGACGGCGAGUACCGCUGCCUGGCCGAGAACUCACUGGGCAGCGCCCGGCACGCCUACUACGUCACCGUGGAGGCCGCCCCGUACUGGCUGCACAAGCCCCAGAGCCACCUGUAUGGGCCGGGGGAGACCGUCCGCCUCGACUGCCAAGUGCAGGGCAGGCCCCAGCCAGAGGUCACCUGGAGAAUCAACGGGAUCCCUGUGGAUGAGCUGCCCAAGGACCAGAAGUACCGCAUCCAUCAUGGUGCCCUGAUCCUAAGCAACGCACAGCCUAGCGACACCAUGGUGACCCAGUGUGAGGCCCGCAACCGGCAUGGGCUCCUGCUGGCCAACGCCUACAUCUACGUUGUCCAGCUGCCGGCCCGCAUCCUGACUGGGGACAAUCAAACAUACAUGGCAGUGGAGGGGAGCACUGCCCACCUGCUCUGCAAAGCCUUUGGGGCGCCCGUGCCUACUGUCCAGUGGCUGGAUGAAGAAGGCACCACGGUGCUGCAGGACGAGCGCUUCUUUCCCUACGCCAAUGGCACUCUGGGUAUCCGUGAUCUCCAGGCCAAUGACACUGGGCGCUACUUCUGCCAGGCUGCCAACGACCAGAACAACGUGACCAUCAUGGCUAACCUGCAGGUCAAAGAAGCAACUCAGAUCACACAGGGGCCCCGCAGCGCAAUCGAGAAGAAAGGCGCCAGGGUGACGUUCACGUGCCAAGCCUCCUUUGACCCCUCCUUGCAGCCCAGUAUCACAUGGCGCGGCGACGGGCGAGACCUCCACGAGCUUGGGGACAGUGACAAGUACUUCCUAGAGGCCGGGCGCCUGGUCAUCCACAGCCUGGACUAUAGUGACCAGGGCAACUACAGCUGCGUGGCCAGCACUGAGCUGGACGAGGUGGAGAGCAGGGCGCAGCUCCUGGUGGUGGGGAGCCCUGGGCCAGUGCCUCAGCUGGAGGUGUCAGAUCAUGACCUGUUGAAGCAGAGCCAGGUGCGCCUGUAUUGGAGCCCCGCGGAAGACCACAACGCCCCCAUUGAGAAGUAUGACAUUGAAUUUGAGGACAAGGAAAUGGCGCCGGAGAAAUGGUACAGUCUGGGCAAGGUGCCAGGAAACCAGACGUCUGCCACCCUCAAGCUGUCGCCCUACGUCCACUAUACCUUCCGGGUGACUGCCAUCAACAAAUACGGCCCUGGGGAGCCGAGCCCGACUUCUGAGACUGUAGUCACACCUGAAGCAGCCCCGGAGAAGAACCCUGUGGACGUGAAGGGGGAAGGCAAUGAGACCAACAAUAUGGUCAUCACGUGGAAGCCGUUGCGGUGGAUGGAUUGGAACGCCCCCCAACUUCAGUACCGCGUGCAGUGGCGCCCUGUGGGGACCCAGGGGCCCUGGCAGGAGCAGAUUGUGAGCGACCCCAUUCUGGUGGUAUCCAAUACGUCCACCUUCGUGCCCUAUGAGAUCAAAGUGCAGGCCGUCAAUAGCCAGGGCAAGGGCCCCGAGCCCCAGGUCGUCACUGGCUACUCAGGCGAGGACUACCCGCAGGUGGGCCCUGAACUGGAAGACGUCAAGAUCCUCAACUCAAGCACCGUGCUGGUCAGUUGGUUGCCUGUGGACCUGGCCCAGGUCAAGGGUCACCUCCGGGGAUACAAUGUGACAUACUGGUGGGUUGGCAGUCAGAGGAAGCACAGCAAGAGGCAUGUCCACAGAGGCCACGUCGUGGUGCCCGCGAACAGCACCAGUGCCAUCCUCAGUGGCCUGCAGCCCUACAGCUCCUACCACCUGGAGGUGCAGGCUUUCAACGGGCGGGGACUGGGCCCUGCCAGCGAGUUAACCUUCAGCACCCCGGAGGGAGUUCCCGGCCACCCCGAGGCGCUGCACCUGGAGUGCCAGUCGGACACCAGCCUGGUGCUGCACUGGAAGCCCCCGCUGAGCCACAACGGCGUGCUCACAGGCUACAUGCUCUCCUAUCACCCCUUGGGGGACGGGGGCCAGGAGCAGCUGUCCUUUGAUCUUCCGGAUCCUAAGCUUCUCACCCACAACCUGACCAACCUCAGUCCUAACAUGCGCUACCGCUUCCAGCUGCAGGCCACCACCAGGGAGGGGCCUGGCGAGGCCAUCGUGCAGGAGGGAGGCACCAUGGUGUCCGGGACCCAGGACUUCAUCAACAUCUCGGCCACGGCGGGCGAAAACUACAGCGUGGUCUCCUGGACCCCCAAGGAGGGCCAGUGCAACUUUGGCUUCCAUAUCCGGUUCAAAGCCCUUGGGGACGGGAAGGUAGGCGCCUACCUCCCAUCACAGUACGUGAACUACGACCAGAGCUCCUACACACAGUGGAACCUGCAGCCUGACACCCACUACGAGAUCCACCUGUUCAAGGAGAAGAUGCUGCUGCACCAAAUGGCUGUGAAGACCAAUGGCACGGGCCGUGUGAGGCUGCCUCCUGUGGGCUUCGCCGCCGAGGGCUGGUUUAUCGGCUUCAUCAGCGCCAUCAUUCUCUUGUUCCUCAUCCUUGUCAUCCUGUGCUUCAUCAAGCGCAGCAAGGGCGGCAAAUACUCAGUGAAGGAUAAGGAGGACACCCAGGUGGACUCUGAGGCCCGGCCAAUGAAAGACGAGACCUUCGGCGAGUACAGCGACAACGAGGAGAAGGCCUUUGGCAGUAGCCAGCCGUCUCUCAAUGGCGACAUCAAGCCCCUGGGCAGUGAUGACAGCCUGGCCGAUUAUGGAGGCAGCGUGGACGUCCAGUUCAACGAGGAUGGCUCCUUCAUUGGCCAGUACAGUGGCAAGAAGGAGAAGGAGGCGGCGGGAGGCAACGACAGCUCAGGGGCCACCUCUCCCAUCAACCCUGCAGUGACCCUAGAAUAGUGGGGUCCGGCCAGGCAAGCUGAGACAGGGCUCGGUCCAGGGCCAGGUGUGCAGGAGAGCCAGAGGCCAACACGCCCCAGCCCGAUGCCUGGGCUGUUCCCCCGACCUUGGGGUCGAGGCCCCUCCUCCCUCUCUCUCUGUCUCUCCGUCUCUCUGUCUCUCUCUCUGCCUCCCUCCAGCAGGCCCGGGCAAAGCUUGAGUUGGGGCAGAGGGGAGGAACUCACUGCCUCAAAUCCCUUUCUUACCACCUGCGUCCCACUUGAUUGCCAAAACCCAGCCACAGCCCUUCCUGGCCACAUGCUGCUUUGCCCCGCUCACGUCAGGGGCCUUCGGGUGCUGCUUUACCUGUCCAUCUGGGCAGAGGCAGUGGCUUGGGGGAGAGGAAGGAGGGUGACCCCGGGAGCAUCUCUGAGCUGCUGUCCUUCUUGCCCCCAGUCAGGGUGGGGGGCAGGCCUGGUGGUGUCUCUUCUGGACCAGGGCUGCCACCCCCUCCCCCUCCCCCAGCCACUCCCUGACCAGCCUGGCUGGGACUGGGGACAGAUCUCGGUGUCCCCACCAUCUGUUCCCUUUUCUUUGCCAUCUCUGCUCCAACCGGGCUGAGAGCUGUUCACGGGUGCGAGGGAGGCCAUCUGGAGAUCCCAGAGUUCCCAGCCUCCAGUGUCACACACAGGUGCACGCCCCAGCUCCAUACACACGCUGCCUUCGGUGCCCACCAGACAACGUCCAAGUGGCCUCCAUCUCCGCCGGGCACGGAGCGGGCACACGUCCUCCCGUCGCCUGCCGCCCGGUGCCUCUCAGCCGCCAGCCAGCGCACCCCAGGACCCCUCCGCAGCCCUGCCCUCGCCCAGCCCUCCCACCCCGCACCUUGGGAAUGUAAAUACACCGUGACUUUGACAGUGUGUGCCCUUGCCCUUUCCCCAUAUGCCACUAGUGUGUAGGCAGAUGUCUGAGUCUCUAGGUGGUUUCUAGGAUUUAUAGCAAUUAGCUUUGAUGCUCCCAGCCCAGGAAAAUUUAAAACAGACGAAAACAAGGAAAGAUUGGUUCUCCCAGCUCCGCUGUGCCCCUGCCCACAUGCCUUUGCUUGGUCUGUUGAUGAGCUGUCUCCAGAAAACAAAAGUCUCUAUAUAUAUGUACAUAAAUAUCAGAACUAUAAUAGGCGAAUAAAAAACUGCA